AUGGCUACGAUCGGAGGAUUACUAACAGUUCUGAUAAUGGCAUGUAUUGUGGGUAAUUUGUUUGUAAUUAUUGCAAUACUGACUGAACGCGACCUGAAGGCUCGACCGCAGUAUUAUUUAAUAUUUUCUCUUGCUGUGGCAGAUUUGUUUGUUGGCCUGAUAGUUACUCCGUUAGGUGCCUGGUCAACGAUCUUACAUGCGUGGACACUUGGUGUAGCAUUAUGUGAUUUUUGGAUCAGCGUUGACGUUCUACUUUGUACUAGCUCAAUUCUUCAUCUCGUCGCGAUCGCAAUAGAUCGUUACUGGAGUGUCACGGAUGUUUGCUACGUGCAGAAUCGUACUCCGCGGCGGAUAUUUUGCAUGUUAGGCACUAUUUGGCUCAUUUCAUUGCUUAUCUCAUUAGCUCCAGUACUUGGAUGGAAAGACAAUGACUUCUAUCAUCGCGUCAUAGAUCACCAUCUUUGCCUCAUCAGCCAACAGAUCAGUUAUCAGGUAUUUAGUACUGCAACCGCCUUUUACAUCCCAUUAUGCGCUAUUAUAUGCAUAUAUUACAAAAUUAUGCGCGCUGCAAAACGUCGUUUUAAACGUGAACGUGAUCGCCGUCGUAUAACCACUGAUAACCAUAACCAUCUGGAACAAAAUAUUCAUUCACAUGAUGAAAAAUGUUUUCCACCACCUACACUGGAAACAGGACACAAUCAGGUCGUUUAUUCCUCAUUAAUAAAUGCAAAAACAACGAUGUCAAGAGAAAGGCCAAAAAUUACGGAUGUCUCUAAUAGCAGUAAUACUGAAAUGGAAACUCUAAAAAAUAAAAUUGUAGUAAAUUACAAUACAAGUAAACGACAAAAGAAAAAUGUUUUCACAAAGAUUGAAUGUAAACUGCAUGUGAAAGAAAACGCUGACACGAAACGUGAAAGGAAGGCUUGGCGUACGUUAGUAAUUAUUACUGGAACAUUUGUCGCUUGUUGGUUGCCGUUCUUCCUGAUUUCUUUGUAUCGACCUAUAUGUCAUUGCAAAAUACCGAUAUUACUAGAAUCUAUAACGAAUUGGUUAGGUUACCUUAAUUCAGCUCUCAAUCCGAUUAUUUAUACCGUAUUUUCGCGCGAUUUUCGAGCAUCUUUCAAGCGUAUUCUCAGACGUUUGCUCUUUCUCUAA